CCGCCAUGCAGACGCCCGACCAAGCGCGACUCAACAUGCCGCAGACGCUGACGCUGGACCACGUCUCGCCAGCGACGCGGCUGCUGGAGAAGCGACGGCAGAUGUUCGAGGUCCAAGAAGCGUUGGACGCUCAGAAGGAAGAGUUUUCCCGGCGCGAAGACGCGUUCCGACGCCGGGAAGAAGGUCUGCGGAAGAAGGACCUCGAGCUGCAAGAGUCGCUCAUCAAAUUCAACAAGUUUCUGCAAGAGAACGAGUCCAAGCGCAACCGCGCCAUCAAGCGCGCGUCGGACGAGAUCAAACAACGCCUCGCCAAGGAGCACGACGUCGCCCGGCUGCGCGAGUCCCUCGACCGCUUCAACGAAGAGAACGACAAACUCUCCAACGAAGUCAAGACCAAUCUCAAGUACACGCGGUAUUUGGAGAGCGUCCAAGAGUCGGUGCCGGAAGACUACCCCGAGAUCACCGACCUCGUGAACCGCUAUAAUACGCUCAAGGACGCCAACCGGGACCUCUCGGAGAACCAAGCGCUGCACGAGCGCGACAACGAGCGCAAACGCAUCAAGUUUGCGACCUUCACCAAAGAGCGCACGAACGACAUGCUCAACUUCAACAACGAGAUCGCGUCACUUCAGAAGCAGCUCGAGCUCCGCGAGUCCAACGCGAUCCGUCUCCAGCACGAAGUGGACACGACGAUCCGAAACACGUCCGACAAGACACUCGAGGUCGGACAGAUCCUCAUGGCGGUCGGAAACCUCCUCCAGCGCUCGACGAGCGGCAUCCACGGCUCGAUCCUCAAGCACAUCGAGGUCAAGGACGCGAGCGACGACCACGGCAGCAGCGCGGAGGCCAAGACCGAGGACCUCGAGCUACUCCAGAACGGCCGCAAGGCCAUCGCGGAUCUGGACGUCAUCGCGUCCUACAUGGUCGACUUCACCGCCAUCGUACAGGCCCGCGCCGAGGCUCAGCGUGCGCAAAAGAAAGCGGCUGCUGCCGCUGCCGACUCGCCCGCCAAACAACCUGCGUGAAACAUGCUUCGUUUCUGGA